CGCAGCUCACCGGCUGUGAGUCAGCUGACAGCCGGUUUUCUAAGAGCAUAUCAAGAUACACGGACGUGAAAGCGCCUACGUUUAACCGGGGUUGCUGGGUGCGCGGCGUUUCAUCCUCGCCUCUCUCUCGGUCUCCUCCUCCGCCACAUUGACGUUAGCUUAGCUUGCUAGCAGUCAGCGACAUUAUGGCAUGCGUGUAAAUGAGAGAGAGUGAGGUUCCUCAUUCCGUUGAGCAAAAGAGACAGUUCUGCUUUCAGUAGCUGACCCAGAACACGACAAAUCCACGGACGCUCCCAGCAAAAGACUCACAGACUGCUAUGGAGCCGCACGCGGCUGUGGGCUGUGUAAACAUGGGCAGCCUGACCAGCACCUUGCCGGUGAUCCCCUACCAGAAGCUGACGGACCUGUACUACCUGAGCAGAGGGGGCUUCGGCACCGUGUUCAAGGCGCAACACUCCGACUGGAGGACCACCGUGGCCAUAAAAUGCCUGAAGCUCGACUCUCCUGUGGGGGAAAGAGAGAGGAACUGCCUGCUGAAGGAGGCUGAGGUGCUUCACAAAGCCAGGUUCAACUACAUCAUCCAGAUCUUUGGCAUCUGCAACGAGCCCGAGUUCUUCUGCAUAGUCACAGAGUUUAUGAGCAAUGGCUCUCUGGAUCUGUUGCUCCACGAGAAGGACAUGUACCCAGCACUUGCGUGGCCUCUGCGCCUGAGGAUUCUGUAUGAGAUUGCCCUCGGGGUUAACUUCCUUCAUAACAUGAACCCACCUCUGUUACAUCAUGAUCUGAAGACACAGAACAUACUGCUGGAUGGUGAAUUUCAUGUUAAGAUUGCAGACUUUGGUCUUUCAAAGUGGAGGCAGCUGUCUGUGAGUAAAGGCUCAGGGUCCAAGACCACAGAGAUGGGGGGCACAGUGAUUUACAUGCCUCCAGAGGAGUAUGAACCGUCCAAGAGCCGCCGGGCCGAUGUGAAACAUGAUAUGUACAGCUAUGCUAUCAUCAUGUGGGAGGUGCUGUCCAGGCAGAUACCGUUUGAAGAGGUCACCAACCCCAUGCAGAUCAUGUUCAGCGUGCUGCGUGGGAUGCGUCCUGACACCAGCGUGGACAGCCUGUCCCCCGACAUCCCCAGCAGAGAAACUCUCAUCAACUUGAUGACCUGCGGCUGGACGUCGAACCCAGAUGAACGGCCUUCCUUCCUCAAGUGUUUGAUUGAGCUGGAGCCCAUGGUGCGGAAGUUUGACGAGAUCGACUUCCUAGAGGCUGUGCUGGAGAUCAAGAAGUCAAAGUUGAUGAGGAGAUCCGGCUGUUGUUCGGCUCAGCCGCUGUGUGAGAAGAGGAGUGAGCAGGGAUCUCUGAACACCCUGAAGGACAGACCCGGCCCCUGGCAGGAGAGCUCCGGCUCAGGAUCUGGGUCUUGUUCCUCCCAGGACACAGACAUAUCUCUUCCAGCCGUCCUCACCAGCACCAACACUGCACCCUCUAAAGAUGUGCUUCCAUCAUCAUUCAUCGCUCCUUCUCUGGAGGCUCCAGAGUCUCUGAAGGACAACUGCAUAGCCAACAAUCUGAACGGCUACCAGAGUGCCAGGCCCUUUAAUGAUUUAAACAUACUGCCUGGCACCGAGUGUGAGACCAGGCUGGAAAACAUGACGCUCAAGCCGAAGCCUCAACAGCAAGAGCCAAGCAGUCAAGAGUACUCUCCUCCACUAAGACAUUCCCCUCCUAUACAUGGUCCCAUCGCUCAGUGGAUCUCGACAAGGCGCGAGGAGAUCGUCUCCCAGAUGACCGAGGCCUGUCUGAACCAGAGCUUGGACGCCCUGCUGGCCCGCUCCAUGCUCAUGCGAGAGGAUUAUGAACUGGUGGUUCACCAGCCCACGCGCACCGCCAAGGUCCGCCAGCUUCUGGACAACUGCCACAGGCACAACGAAGACUUCUGCCGCAUCGUCGUCCGCAAGCUGCACGACAACAAGCAGAUGGGCCUGCAGCCGUACCCACCUGAAAUAACCACGCCAACCGCGGCCCCCGUGCCCAGCUCACCGCCGCUGUCCAUGUCCUACAAUAUCCCCAGGAACGUGUAGCAGCAGUUGCGGCCAAGCAAUGGGAACAAUCCAGAUCACAGACUGCGCCAGCUUUACACUACAGUUUACUCUCACCUGCCGGUUCCGUUGUCGUCGAGACGGUCUCCAAGGUUCAUGUCGGCCUUUUACCCCUGAAAGAAGGAGGACGGCUGGUUGAGCAAAAAAAGUGUUAAGGUACAAAUUUAAGUUAACAUCCACACAUCGACUAGAGGUUAAAGGUUUUAUUCUGUUGAAUCAGAGUCAGUGAUUUUAUUUAAAAUAUUAUGGAUUUAAUAAAGUAACUUAUUUAUAUUCUCUCCAGUCUGAUCGGAUGUGUUGCAGGGUUUCACUUAUUUUGCUCCAUAGUACCUAUUCUCUCCAAAUACCGUUGCUUUUAUUUAGACCAGUGUUUUGUGUGUAGACAUUUUUGAAUGCUGACCGCGAUGAUAAAAAACGAAUUUAAUUCCCAUUACAUUAAUCUUACUUUUAAGUAUUUUGUAUUUAUUGUUUCACUUGAGUGGUGUUGUUAACUGCCUAAGGGAAUUAUGCAGCUCUCAGCAACACAGAGAAAGCACACAGCCCGCAUUAAAUCAACCCCAAAAUACAGCUAAGUGUUACUUCAAACAAGUGUUCUUGAGCAUUUACAGCUUCAUGUAAUUCUGCUGAAGUUUUGCAAUGAGUGAUUUUGGUCAUAUUGGUCAUCAUUUGUCAUUCUGGUCAUGUGAAAGUUUAUGUGGAAAGUUUUCGUCAAUUUGAGUUCUUUUCCUCCUCCUCCUCUUUUUGUUGCUGAGCUAAAGAGAGACGCCGGGUUAUGGUGUAAAGAGGAAGUGGAGACUGUAAUGUAAUGCAACACCCAGAAUGAGAGGGACGUGUGUGUGCGUCUAGAUUAAAAGUGGACCAAGAUGGCCUGACUUUUGAUUUCUUAUGGUGACCUCAGUAUUGGCCUCUUCUCUCAGUACUCCUAGUAAUGUCCACUCCUGACAUAUCUGAAUACUUCCAGAGCUAUUUUUCUUCCAUGGACUCUGAGCUGAUUGCAAAAUCAUUUUCACACUUCAGCCUACAAACCUGCUCUGCUGCGUCAUAAGACGACUGCUGUUCAUGAAUGGAAAUAAUCAAACCUGCUUUGUUUCUAGCAAAUCACUCCGCUCCAAGUAUUACUCCUUAUUCGUUAAAGUCUUUACACUGUAGCUGCUUGAAACAGCAGGUCUCCUCUUUCGGAAACACCGACUUAUUACAUUCAGUAAGGCAUAGUACUGUUAAGUACGAGACACAACAUGUUCUUAUGAGACAGUAGCACCUGUUUAUUUAUAAAGAUAAAAGUGUCUGUCUGAUCGAAGGUUCGUUGUUACUUCAUUCGCACAUAUGCAGUGUCACAUAUAUUCGCUCCAAAAUACAUUGUAGCAUUGUAUCGACAAAUUAAUUCAGUUUCAUUGUUAUGUAUGUGUUUGUAACAUAGGGUGUAUCAUAAUGAUGAGUGUAGCUGCUGAGCCUCCUUGUUAGAAAUUGUGUUUUUUCUUUUUUUCCAAAAUCGUUCAAAUAUGACUUAGGCAAUUAUGCUAAGACACCCCUCGCUGCUCCCCAGCUCUUCCCUCUUCUUUAAAUCUGCUAACUUCAGAUUAAAACCUAGACAACAACAGCCAAAAACCAGACUGGAGUCCACAAACCAGUGGAUGAUAUAAUUGUGGCUGCGUUCAUGUCUUAUACACAGUCUGUGGUUUGUAUGUGGAGUAGAGCUGUAUGGUUCUUUUCGAUCAUUAAUUGAGCGAUAGAAAAGGGUAAAAGAGGGAGGCAGUUCGUUGUCCCCCGAAGUCCAGUGUAGCAUUUUUGAUUUUAUUUAAUCCAAAGAUAUUCCAUUUAAGACACUUUAUUUUGACACUCUGAUUCAUCAACAGGUCAUUUUAGCUCUAGCUUAUAUGUUUGCAUGUAUCUUUUUAUUGUGAGCUUUACUGUCACCCUCAUCACUGUCCACCACUUCUUCAAAUAGGUGCUUAAAUCUGCCAUAUUGUAGCUGUGGCAUAUGCUGUCUGCGUUAUCUAUACAUCCACCACAGACGAACCUUCGCCCGGUUCUCUUUUCUAUACAUGCAGUAAAUGCACUCAUUGUGUUAAUGCACAGGUUCUGUAUAAUUAAGAUUAUACCUUGGGAAGUGAGCCACAGCAGGCGCUUCUUACUACGACGCUGUUGUGAAAAAUGGUACACAUGAUAAAGUGUCAGUUAAAUAUUAACACAAAGGCCGAGCGAGGUCGAUAUGCUUCCAUUUGCUGGGCCUUGUCUUUGAAAACCGUGCCUCAUGUUCUGCUUUUGGUCUCAACUCUAGUAACGUACAAAAGCCUUCUAAAUGCAUAUCAAGAGUAAAGUCACAUUUGAUUGCCUGAAUAUGUUGUAACAUAUUUUGUACUGUAGAUGAUGUUUCAUCUUUUUUAUAUAUAUACAUAUAUUUUCAUCCGUGAUCUUAUGAUGUUGAAAACAUUGUUUUUGUGACGUGUUAAUUUGAUAUUGGUAGCAAUGCCUUCUUCAGAAUACUGGCCUAAUUUAGUGCCCAUGUCACUAUCAGUGUGAGUUUAUCAAACAGUAAUAAUGUGUAACAGAGAGUUCUGUGGAUGUGUAGCUGUGAUUUCAAUGGAUUUUUCAAAUGUAUCAAACUCUUCAUUAAAAUGGCUACGCUGUUUUUACUUCA